GCAGGACGCCAUGGCUUUUAACAAGUUUAACGUUCUCCACUGGCACCUCGUUGAUGACCAGUCCUUCCCGUUUCAGAGCACCUCUUUUCCUGAGCUAAGCAACCAAGGAAGCUAUUCUUUGUCUCACGUGUAUACACCAAAGGAUGUUCAUCUGGUGAUUGAGUAUGCCAGACUACGAGGGAUCCGCAUUCUGCCAGAAUUCGAUACCCCUGGACACACGCAGUCUUGGGGAAAAGGUCAGAAAGACCUCCUGACUCCAUGUUACUAUAGACAAAGCCAGCUGGACACUUUUGGACCCAUAAAUCCUACUGUGAACACAACUUAUAGUUUCCUUACUACGUUUUUCAAAGAAAUUAGUAGGGUGUUUCCAGAUCGUUUCAUUCAUUUGGGAGGAGAUGAAGUGGAAUUUAAAUGUUGGGAGUCAAAUCCAAAAAUCCAAGAUUUCAUGAAGCAGAAAGGCUUCGGCGAAGAUUUUAGAAAACUAGAAUCUUACUAUAUUCGAAAGGUUUUGGAUAUCAUUGCUGCCAUAAACAAGGGAUCCAUUGUCUGGCAGGAGGUUUUUGAUGAUAAAGUAAAGCUUCAGCCGGGCACAAUAGUUGAAGUGUGGAAAGGAAACGGGCAUUUUGAGGAACUCCGUCAGGUCACAGCAUCCGGCUUCCCUGCCAUCCUUGCUGCUCCUUGGUACUUAGAUGGGAUUACCUAUGGGCAAGACUGGAAAGACUACUACCAGGUGGAACCGCUGAGCUUUUCUGGUCCUGAGGAACAGAAAAAACUUGUCAUCGGCGGAGAAGCCUGUCUGUGGGGAGAGUAUGUGGACGCAACCAACCUCACGCCAAGAUUAUGGCCUCGGGCAAGCGCCGUUGGUGAGAGACUCUGGAGUCCCAGAGAUGUCAGAAAUGUGGAUGAUGCCUAUGACCGACUAACGAGGCACCGCUGCAGAAUGGUCAGACGUGGAAUAAGUGCACAACCUCUUUUUACUGGAUAUUGUGGCCACGAGGACUAAACGUAAAAAUGAGGCGAAACAAGCAUAGGAAAAGGCCACAGCAAUCUGUACUACAAUCAACUUGAUUAUGAAAUCAUGUAAAUUAAGAUAGACUGUUUUUUGAAUAAAAUAUUUUUAUUGAUUGAA